UGCGCGCGCCCCCGCCCUCCGCCCCGCGCGCCGCUGCACUUCGUUUUCCCCUCCCUCUCCUGCCCUCCCCCUUUUUCCGUGCCUUGAGGUUGCGGGUCAGCGCGAGCCACUGCAGUGAGUCCGUCACCGCUCCGGCGCGAGCGCGAGGCUGCAGCCCCCGAGACGCCUGGUCCCCCUUCCCCUUUCUUCUCCUCCUUUCUGUCUCUCUGUCUUUCCCUUCGCCGUCUCUCCCCACCUCCUCUAUCUCUGAAUCUCCACCUUAAUUUCUUUUCUCCCUCCUUGUCCGCUCCCUCGCGUGCCCAGUCACCCCUCCGGCGCGAGCCCCGCGGCGCCGCCUCCCCUCCCCCACCCCUCCCCCGCUGGCGUCCCGAGGGCCGCAGUCGCCCGAGGCGAGCGCAGCUGGGCCGCCGCCGCCGCUUCCUGCAGCAGCCAGUCUGAGCGCCGACACUCUUCUCCGACCGAGCGAGCCGCCGACCCGCCGAGCAAAAUGGGAAAUGAGGCAAGUUAUCCUUUGGAAAUGUGCUCACACUUUGAUGCUGAUGAAAUUAAAAGGCUAGGAAAGAGAUUUAAGAAGCUUGAUUUAGACAAUUCUGGUUCUUUGAGUGUGGAAGAGUUCAUGUCUCUGCCUGAGUUACAACAGAAUCCUUUAGUACAGCGAGUAAUAGAUAUAUUCGACACAGAUGGGAAUGGAGAAGUAGACUUUAAAGAAUUCAUUGAGGGAGUCUCUCAGUUCAGUGUCAAAGGAGAUAAGGAACAGAAGUUGAGGUUUGCUUUCCGUAUCUAUGACAUGGAUAAAGAUGGCUAUAUUUCCAAUGGGGAACUCUUCCAGGUGCUGAAGAUGAUGGUGGGGAACAAUCUGAAAGACACACAGUUACAGCAAAUUGUAGACAAAACCAUAAUAAAUGCAGAUAAGGAUGGAGAUGGAAGAAUAUCCUUUGAAGAAUUCUGUGCCGUUGUAGGUGGCCUAGAUAUCCACAAAAAGAUGGUGGUAGAUGUGUGACUCUUUUUAGAGUACUACCCAACACUUUUGCUUUCUUCUCCAUCUCUGAAGAUCUGCUCAAGACGUCCAGCAAUGCUCUCUGUGUAUUUAAAUGGAAGUAUUUUUCUCUGUGAAGCCACAUUUUCCAACAUGAGCCUCAUGAAGCCAACUAAGUGUUAUUGAACUCUAAUUCUCUCAAUAACUCAGUGUAGCACUUUAGAGUCUGAAGGACAGCAAGAUGAAAAGAGCAUAUCAAUGUGGUGGAGAAAGGGAAGGGGUUGGCUUUUUAAUUUAUUUUUCUUCAUCUUUUAUAACAAGAAAGUAUCUAUAUAUACAUAUGUAAAUAUUUAUAUAUAGAUAUAUCUAGCUUUCUAUAUAUGUAGUAGGUUGGCUUUAAUUUAAUAUACUUGAUUCAGAAACAAAAUGAUAGAGUACAAAAGUGCCAAGCAGAACAUAAAAGUUCAAAAUCAUGGAUAUAUACAUCCUUACUUUUAUUUCACACAGUUUUAUAUAUAGAUAGAAGAUUGUACAAUUUGAGCCGGGUGUUAAGCCAGCUAUUUUCCUUUUCCUGUGCUUUCUCCUUUGAGAGAUUGACAAAGCAUUUGUUAAUGUCCUAUUAUUUACCUUAAUUACAUUUUUGUAACAAAAGAGUCUGUAACUUUAUUUAUACCUACAAAUAUAUAUAUCCAGGGAUUAUGUCUCAUUGCUGAACAGCUUUUAAUAUAUCUCUGCCUGAGAGAGUAUAGUUCAAUGCUAUUGCCAAGAGCUAGUUCUUGUGUUCAUAUAGUGACUGCAUAAUGCUGGUGGCUGCUUUAUUCUGUUACUUCAUAACUAGGAGCCAUGAAGUUUAUUAAAUGUCCCUGAGUAAAUGUAAAUUAUGUGUAAUUGCUAUUUUAUACAAGAAGACCAGAAGCUGUCUGAGGCAAUCAUGGUUAAUCUUAUGUAUUACUUAAUGAAGAACACCUGAAUAAUCAUGUAACUGCUUAGGAUAUCCAUUUUUUUGUUUCAUUACAUGGUUAAAUGAUCUGUCAUUAAACUUAUGUUUGAACCAUAAAUAUCCCUUCUGUGUUUCAGAAGAUCUUGCAACUAAUCUAAUUUACUGGUGAUAUUUAAUGUGCAUGUACAGAUCUAAACACCCACACAUAUUUGUUAUUUAAAUGGGAGAAAUUCUGUUUAUCUGUAUGCCACAGAAGAGCAAAAUUUUAUCCCAAUAUAAACCUCUUAAGUUUCUUUACCACAGGCAUAGAGUGCAUGACAGCUUUAUUCCUUUAUUUGCCCACAUAAUUCGUAAUGAAUGAUAACUUAAUAAAUUUGUGUGAUAUAAAAGUA